UCGUUUUUGUAUUUUUCUUUUUUCGGUUGCAGCUCGAGAUUUCAGUUCACUGUUGAAUGGUGUGGCAAACUCAGGACCUAGUGUUGGGGCAAGUUCUUUGGUCACAGAUGCAAAUUCAGCGUUGUCAGGAGGUCCCCACUUGCAGAGAAGUGCUAGCUUUAAUACUGAGUCAUAUAUGCGCUUACCAGCAUCGCCCAUGUCGUUUUCCUCCAACAAUAUAAGCAUGUCAGGUUCGUCGGUAGUUGAUGGAUCUUCUGUAGGCCAACUGGGAUCUCAGCAAGAUCCAAGUGUCCAACAAAUGCAGCCCAGUCAGCUACUGCAGCAAGGGGCCUCCACUGCUACAUCUUUGCCUGCAUUUCAAACUGGACAGGUUUCACUUCCCAUGGGUCCACGAGUCCCAGGGUCCUUCAUGCAAGAUCCUAAUAAUCUAUCUCAGGUGCAGAAGAAACCUCGAUUAGACAUCAAGCAAGAAGACAUUCUUCAGCAGCAAGUGUUGCAACAGUUGUUGCAAAGACAGGAUUCCAUGCAGCUGCAAGCUCGAAACCCCCAAUUUCAAGCUUUGUUCCAGCAGCAGAGACUUAGACAACAGCAACAAAUUUUGCAGUCAAUGCCACCAUUGCAGAGAGCACAGUUGCAGCAGCAGCAACAACAAAUGCAGUUGAGGCAGCAAAUGCAACAACAGGGCAUGCAGCAAGUAGCUGGAAUGAAGCGUCCCUUUGAUGGUGGUGUAUGUGCUCGCCGCCUAAUGCAAUAUCUAUUUCACCAACGGAAAAGGCCACCUGAUAAUACAUUUGCAUACUGGAGGAAAUUUGUUGCAGAGUACUAUUCUCCUUGUGCAAAGAAAAGAUGGUGUUUAUCAAUGUAUGAAAAUGUUGGGAUUCAUGCACUUGGUGUUUUCCCUCAAGCAGCUAUGGAUGCCUGGCAUUGUGAUAUUUGUGGGUCUAAAUCUGGAAGGGGGUUUGAAGCAACUUUUGAAGUACUCCCCAGACUUAAUGAAAUCAAAUUUGGUAGUGGAGUGGUUGAUGAGCUUCUGUUUUUGGACUUGCCUCGUGAGUCUAGAUUUCCUUCUGGAAUAAUGAUGUUGGAGUAUGGAAAAGCAGUCCAGGAGAGUGUAUAUGAGCAGCUUCGUGUUGUUCGUGAGGGGCAGCUUCGCAUCAUAUUCACUCAGGACUUAAAGAUAUUAUCUUGGGAUUUUUGUGCACGUAGACAUGAAGAACUUUUUCCACACCGUUUAGUUGCACCUUAUUAGCUAUAACUUCCUGUUGAUGAUUCUUCUGCAAAU